GAUAAUAUCUAUAUAAAAUUAUUAACAUCAUGGAUGAUGAUCUCAGUAUAAACUUAAGUGCAUCUGGAAACUUUCCGCUCCACAAGAAAAAAAAUAGAUUCUGGGGAAAUAAGAAUUAUCGAAAUACAAGUCGGUAUAGAUAUGUUGGACAAAAUGCAAAGCCCACCAUAUUGAAUACAUCAAAGGUAAAAAUCUUGGAUUCAGAAGAUAAAUCUGUUUUAAAACAGGGAAAGAAUGAAAAUGAUGAUUAUAGCACUGCGCUCCAUUUCAAAGGAGUUGAAGUCUUGCCAAAUGAAAAACCGAAAAAAGUAAAAUAUUUUGCAAAGAGAUCAAAUACCAAAGGAAAAACUGUUGUUUCAUUGAACACGGAUGAAUCCAAGUCGAGUACUGAUAAACAAAAGACCAAUCUGAAUGAAAUAACGAAAAAGACUUCUGUUACAGCUCAUCGGAAAUCAUCUCUAUUUAAUCAGAAUCCACAGAUACCAAAGGUUUCUCAACCUGAUAUUUCAAGUGUACAGGAAGAUAUUUUUUCCAGGGAGAAUUUCUCAGAUUUAGAGAUUCAUCCACAUUUAUUAUCGUAUAUUAAUCACAACUUAAAGUUGAAAAAUAUGACUUCUAUUCAGCAGAAAGCGAUUCCUGUUCUUUUAUCUGGCCGCGAUGCUCUAGUAAAAUCCCAGACUGGUUCUGGAAAAACCCUCGCAUAUGCGAUUCCAGUGAUACAUAGAAUACAGGAGAUCAAACCAAAUAUAAAAAGGAAAGAUGGGCCAAUUGCAAUGGUGCUGGUACCGACAAGAGAACUGGCUCUACAAUCAUAUGAUGUUUUCUCAAAAUUAACUCUGCCAUUUUGCAGAAUUGUUGCCACUUGGAUCAUUGGUGGCGAAAACCGUAAAUCAGAGAAAUCUCGAAUUCGUAAAGGAAUAAAUAUUAUAAUUGGGACGCCAGGUCGUAUUUUGGAUCAUAUACAAACAACAGAGGCACUUUCACUUGCAAAUCUAAGAUGGUUAAUAUUUGACGAAGCAGAUCGCUUACUUGACAUGGGAUUUCAAAAGCAAGUAGAUGCAAUAAGAAAUGCAGUUAAAAAUCAGUCAACAAAAAAAUGUCAAAAUGUGCUUCUGUCGGCUACCUUAUCAGAUAAAGUACAAAGGCUGGUUGAUCUCGCUCUGCAUAAUCCAUGCCAUGUACAAGUUACUAAUACCGAUGUGGAUAGCGGGAUUGAGAAGGAAGAUGAUGAAAUAUUCGCGCUGCCUGAAAAACUCAUCCAACAUGUUUGCAUUAUACCUAGUAAAUUGAGACUCGUGGCUUUGGCAACAUUUCUUAAAGCAAAGCAAUUGAGGAACAAACCAGUGAAAGUGAUUGUGUUUUUGUCUUGCAGAGAUUCUGUAGAGUUUCACUAUCAUCUUUUAAAGCAUGUUUUACGAAAACCAAAACUUGAUAACGGCAUGGAGAUUCCUUUGGAUAUAGAUCUGGCUGAUAGUGAAGUAGAACAUGUCAACAUUGUACAGCUUCAUGGUGGACUGUCACAAAACGAGAGACAAGAAGUUUUUCACAGCUUUUCAAUUAGUGAUACUGGUAUUUUACUGACAACAGAUGUUGCCGCGAGAGGUUUGGAUCUUCCAAGUGUACAUUGGGUAAUUCAAUACACGAGUCCAGGGAGUCCGGUUGAUUAUAUUCAUAGAGCUGGAAGAACUGCAAGAGCAGGAAACAAAGGUAAUGCUCUCCUGAUGCUGACACCAUCUGAAGUUAAAUAUGUCAACCUGCUAACACAAUUCAAUAUACAAGUUGAAGAAAUGAAUGUUGAUGACAUCUUAAUUAUGGGAAUAAAUGCAACUGGUGUGAAUAAAAAGAAUGCAGAUUUCAAAUUGAGACUUUUGGAUGCAGCAAAGAGUGAAGCCACAAAUUUACAAAGCCAGAUGGAAUCUUACGUUUCUAAAAGUAUUAAAAUCAAAACGCUAGCAAGAACUGCGUAUAUGUCUUUUAUUCGUGCUUAUGCAACAUAUCCCACAGAACUCAAAUCAAUUUUUCAUGUCAAAUAUUUACACCUUGGACAUGUUGCUAAAAGUUUUGGAUUGCAGGAUGCUCCACAUGAUAUUGUGAAAAAUCUUCAAAAAUCUGUCGGCCAGUUACCAGUGAAAACUUCAUUCGAGUAUCGAGAGGCAAAGAUCGAAUUGACUAAAGUUGAAAAAGAACAGCCAUCAGACUCAGAAGAUCAAAAGAAAGAAAUUAUCCAAGUGACAAAAGAAUUGACUAAACCACGCCUUAGUAGGAAACAGAUAAUGAAAAAUAAAAUGUCUCGAAAACCUGACUUAAUGUCGGAGUUUAGCAGCGGUUUAUCAAGUUCUGAUAUUCCAGCUAAAAAAAUGAAAAAGCGUUGAGCUAGGAAAAUUAUUUGAUGAUUGUGUUUGUCUGAGACUGGUGUAAUAAAAACAAAUGAUAGUGAAA